CAAAGUAGUUUUUUAUUAGUUAGGAUCUUGAAGCCAGCCAGACACACUGCACCCAAAAAAAAAAAUGGCUUCACUUGCAACCUUCGCCGUAGCCCAGCCCGCCGCCGUCAAGGGCCUCGCCGGCAGCUCCAUCGCCGGAACUAAGCUCCACGUCAAACCUUCUCGUGUCAGCUUCAAACCCACCAACUACAGGGGUGGCGCAGUGGUCGCGAAAUACGGGGACAAGAGUGUGUACUUUGAUUUGGAGGACAUCGGCAACACCACCGGCCAAUGGGACUUGUACGGCUCAGAUGCACCCUCACCAUACAACCCCCUUCAGAGCAAGUUUUUCGAAACAUUUGCGGCUCCAUUCACAAAGAGAGGUAUAUUGCUCAAAUUCUUGAUAUUGGGAGGUGGCUCUACUCUUGCCUAUGUUAGCUCCCAAGCCACCGGAGAUGUUCUUCCGAUCGUCAAGGGCCCGCAACUUCCCCCCAAGCUCGGGCCCCGCGGCAAAAUCUAAUUAGUACUCAUGAGAUUUUAUAUUUUUCGAUCCGUUAAUUCGUCAUUGUAAGUAUUAUCUCUUGAAUCAUUCUCAUGAAGAUUGUAAUCGUUAAAUAUCCUUAACUAGAUGUUCUUUUAUAUUUUUCGCGCAUUUUUAUCGUC